CUCACUCUGUGCGUGAGCGGGUGUUACUGAACAUACAGUGAUUGUUAGUGAGAGCCAGUGAGGCAUCUGUAUUAUACCGGAGACUCAUUUAAAGAGAGGGUUUGUUGGGUCCACAUAGAAAUCCAGGUAUAUAAGUCAUACUAGGUCAGCUCACCUGAAGACUGAAGUCAUCUCUCAGUAAGACAUGGACUGUCACAAUCAGGAGGACUGCAGCCGGCCCCAGGAGGAGGAGGACAUCAUGGACAUCCCACUGGAUGACCCCGAGGCCAACAGGGCUGCUGCCAAGAUCCAGGCUGGCUUCCGUGGCCACAUGACCCGUAAGAAGAUGAAGCCGGAGGACAAAGCAGAAGGGGAGGAGGUGAGCAGCACUGGGGAUGUGCUCAACGGCAGCCAGGGGGACACAGAGACAGGAGGAUCGGGGGCAGUAGAGAGAGACGACACAUCUGUGCCAGAGCAGUGACGCCCCUGUCCUGACCUGGAUGAAGAGAAAGAGGGGAAGUGAGGUAGCGAGAGAUGGCUGGCAUAAGCCGGCUGGGCUGGCUUUCAGGCACACCUUUUUACCCCAGGAGUCAUUUUCUUUUUCCACACAAAUUAGCAGUAGAAAAUGAAGCGACAGUUUUGAGGGUGUGUUAUGUGAAUUUUUGUGAACUUUAACACUCCUUCUCUGCUUCUCCAGCAGUACGGAUGUCUUUGACCCAGAAUUUGCAACUCACUGCAUGUACUUGUGAAACUUCUGGUAGUGUGCUAGUUUUUAGAUGAUGAUCUGUGAAUGUGAAAAUGAAUGUCCUCUAAAUGCUAAACAGGGCUUAUUUUGGAUGGAUCAGUUCAUACCAUCUGUGUAUAAACCUUGUAUGCAUCAGCGUUAGACUUUGCGUAAUUAGUGGCUUAAGUUAUUUGUUAUUUUGCGUUGUUUUCUUGUGUGCUUGUAUCUUUACUAUUAUUUACCUAUUUGACUUGCUUACAAAAAUGAUUAAAACAUCAAAAACAUCAAAAGAGAAGUAGCUAUGUAUGUUCUAUUUAUUCUAAGUUACUCAAUUCAGAUUGCAAUUGCCUUGAUUAUCUUUUUGAUCACAUGAUAAGUAAGUUCUCUUUUCACCUUUUCAAGCAUUUUCUAUAAAUCUGAUCUUCCAGAACAGUAAGCAUGCAGUAAUUACACUUUUUUUCCAGAUGCAUUUGGUACAGCUUUACCUUAUGAGACACUGGUUCAAUAUGCUCUGUUGUUGUGUUGGUGGGUUCGACUUGUUUGACUUGUUAAAUCAGGUGUGUGAAAUUUCAUUGUUAAAGAUUGCAGAGCCAUCAUGCUUUAAAACUGAUUAAAUAGUACAUUGCUGAACUUUGCUGUAGAGACAUGGCAUUACACUAAUAAAUCCACC